AUGGUGCCUCUCCCCCUGUUCAAGCUCGCCGCUCUCUUUAACCGCAUCAAAGCCCAGGCCCAUGAUCACCCGCGAUUCCGGGCCCUCGCCGCCAAGUACGGCCAGGCCAUCCAUCAGCUCAACAUGAAGCUGUCCGUCGCCCUCUUGCGAGACCCCGAAGCCGAGCGGCGAGCGAAAGAGCAGGCCGAAGCACCGACAGUCAAGACGGAGGAGCAGGUCAAGCGGGAGGAAGAAAAGGCAAAGUCGAAAAAGAGCCAACAACAGCCCAGCUACCCGAGGUUCACGCUGCAGAGCGUAUGGAAGCGCAAGUUCCGGCCGCUGCCCGAGAACAAGGCGGUGGACCUGUUUGCGGACGUUGCCGGCGACACGUUCAUACUCGGCGUGGCGGGUGCCUUGAUCAUUUACGAGUACUACAAGUCGUCGCAGAAGCCCGAUGCCAACAAGGAGCGGAUCGACGAGCUCAACAGGAGGUUCGAGGAGCUCCAGAAGAAGGAGGAGGAGCUGGCCCAGGCGGAGGAGAGGCAGCGGCAACGAUUCGAAUCGCUCGAGGAGGCGCUCCGGUCGUUGAAGGAUCCGAAGACGAAGCAGCCGCUGUUACCGUCAUUGCAAGCCAAUGCAUAG